CCUUCGCUAUUUGGACUUGCGUUCGAAGCCACCGGAUAUUCCAUCCAGUCGUAAAUCAAGUGUUGUAGCCGAGACCGCGUCCAUGUACGGUCGAUAUCCGAUGAGCUCACGCGGCCGUACCACACCGAGCCCAGUAGGAAGUGGGGGUUGGCAACCAUUGCAGGUGGAAAGUUCAUCCAAACCUAAUUCGCCACGGACUAGUGAACCGCAACGUGCACCCCGACUCAGUGCCUUGUCUCAUCCACCCUAUCACUUGCCAAGUCUACGAGAUUCUUCUGCCGGCCAUAUUGGUUCGGACGGUCGAGGUGGGGUUAUGGCUGGUGCUGGUUCCGGUGGGACCAAUACUGGAACUUGUGGACAGUUUAGUGUCAGUUUUGAGGGGAUCUCAGAAUCCGGUCCAAUUGGUACACGACUCAGUCCCGUCGGGAGUAGCUGUUGGUCUUCCGAACAGCACAUCUCCCCGGAUUUGACCUCUCUGAUGAGCAGCAGUACGAAUUCGGUCUCGGCCGGACUAUCGCUCAGUUCCGGACGUCAUGCGGUUAGUCAUGGAAUCUAUCCCAGUCAAGCACAUCCGCAUCCACAUCCACAUCCGCAUCAUCAGCCACGACCGUUGCAACGUCAACCGUCCGCUGGAACCGGAUGUUCCGGUGGGACCUAUUCCACCGAUCACUUGAAAUCCACCACUCAUUCAGUCCGUUCGGCUCCUUUGUGUUUGGGUAGUCCAAUCGAGGCGCGAUGCUUUCGACAACUG